AUUCACUAUAUCUGGUCUCCCACAGUACUCACAACAUGGAAAUGCAAUUAUUUUAGUAAAUAUAAACUGCUAAAUAACUUUUCUCAUCAGAAAGCUCUGGUUGAAGCUUAUAGGAGGAGUUUUCUUUCUACUCUAGGCGGAUGUGAAAGUCCCGAUCCUCUGUCUGGACACACGAUUGGCCCUGUGCUGAUCACACUCUAGACAUUUCCCAAAGAAAAAAAAAAACAAAACCUCUCUAGCAAUACACACCAAACUGAGCAUGUGCAUGUGACUACGGAUUCAGUCUGUAUCAGGUAGACAUUUCAACAAGAGGAGGGGCAGAGAAGAAAGGAUCAAAUAGCCUUUUUAUACAAUGCAGAGGAUUAACCACUUAGGUUCCACAGUAAGUAUAACAUGCGUGCUUUACUGCAUAUACAGACUGAUUUUACUGUUGUGGGUUUAG